AUGGAGAGAGUCCAUGCUAGAUUGGAUGUUCUCUCUGCGCACUUGGAGGUCUCUGAUCCCAUGGCGACGGCGAUCGAGCCAUGGUGCACAUCAAGUGUUGCUGCCCCGCAUGGAUCCUUAAUGGGAAACUUGACGAUCGUCGAUGAGCGUACAGGCAAGAAAUAUCACGUCUCAGUCUCAGAGGAUGGUACCGUCAGGUCUACUGAUCUCAAGAAGAUAACGUCGGGGAAGGAUGACAAGGGACUUAAACUAUACGAUCCUGGUUAUUUAAACACGGCUCCUGUUCGAUCUUCGAUCUCUUACAUUGACGGAGAUGAAGGAAUCCUACGUUACCGAGGAUACCCUAUCGAAGAGUUGGCUGAGAAUAGUACUUUUCUUGAGGUUGCUUACCUCCUCAUUUAUGGGAAUCUUCCUUCUCAGCACCAGCUAGCUGAUUUGGAGUUUGAGGUUUCUCAGCAUUCAGCUGUUCCACAAGGACUACUGGAUAUAAUUCAGUCCAUACCUCAAGAUGCACAUCCAUCAGGUGCUUUUGUCAGUGCGAUGAGUACACUUUCCCUCUUUCAUCCUGAUGCAAAUCCUUCUCAUAUGGGCCAAGAUAUUUACAAGUCAAAACAAGUUCGUGAUAAACAGAUUUUCCGUGUUCUUGGACAGGCACCUACAAUUGCAGCAAAUGCUUUUCUGAGGACGUCAGGCAAGCCUCCUGUUCUUCCUUCGACCAACCUUUCUUAUGCAGAGAACUUACUCUAUAUGCUAAAUUUUAUGGGCAAUAGGUCUUACAAGCCUAAUCAUCGGCUAGCUCGUGUGUUGGACAUUAUAUUCAUACUGCAUGCUGAACAUGAAAUGAACUGUUCUACUGCUGCUGCUCGGCAUCUUUCCUCUAGUGGUGUUGAUGUGUACACUGCUAUUGCGGGAGCUGUUGGAGCCCUUUACGGCCCACUUCAUGGUGGUGCGGUUGAAGCUGUGUCUAAGAUGUUAUCUGAGAUUGGAACUGUUGAAAACAUUCUAGAGUUCAUCCGAUGCGUGAAGAACAAGAAGAGAAGAAUGUCAGGUUUUGGACACCGCGUUUACAAAAACUACGACCCAAGAGCAAAAGUCGUUAAAAAACUGGCGUAUGAAGUGUUCUCCAUUGUUGGAAAGGAUCCUCUGAUUGAUGUAGCAAUUGCUCUAGAGAAGGCGGCAGUCUCUGAUGAGUAUUUUGUUAAGAGGAAGCUUUACCCAAAUGUUGAUUUCUACUCUGGAUUAGUCUAUAGGGCAAUGGGAAUCCCACCACAAUUUAUCGCAGUCCCACGUAUGGCUGGAUACUUGGCACACUGGCUUGAGUCGUUAGAUGAUCCUGAUACUAAGAUCAUGAGACCCCAACAGGCCUAUACUGGAGUGUGGCUAAGGCAUUACGCUCCAGCGAAGUGAUUUGGAUUCUGAUCAGAUUGGGCACUGAAAUAGGCACCAGAUAAAGAACUUCCAUAUAU